CAACAACAAAACAAAAACAAAUGAAGAGAACUGUAUAUCAGUGUUGGAUAACUGCAUUUUUAUAACAGCCGGUAAAUUUCAUCAAUUGUUCAAGAAAUUCAAUCACUGCGAUGGAUUCUCCACUGAACGAACAAUUUGGACAGGGCCUGGACCAACAGCAUCCUCAGCGGCCACCUAUGGGUCAACAUCCUUUGGCGGACUACCAAUUUUCGGCCGAGGAGGUGAAGGCGUUACGUGAAUGCAAUUCGGAAUCAUUUUUCCAGCGUUCGCUACCCUUCGGCACUGGUCUAGGGUUGUUGGCCUAUUUUGGUGUUAAAAAUGGAUAUCUUCAGGGAACUGGAAAGUAUGGACCUGUGCCCAAGGUGAUUAUGGGCGUCAUCUUGGGAUACUUUGUGGGCAAGUUCAGCUAUCAGCAAAAAUGUGCUGAGAAAAUUAUGCGCCUACCAAAUUCUCGUCUAGCGGAAGUGCUGAGACAACGUCGCCAGGGUGGUGGCGUUAUUAGCACCAUGACACCGGAUGAGAGCCUGAGUCGGGCCUUCACAUUGGCUCCGUUUUCACCCAGUUCACCGGAUGUUUACAGCGAUGAGGCAUAUCAACCAGGCCGCAGUACUUCCUUGAAUUUGGAUACGGAAUCUAGGCCCACAUUGAGUGGUUUGGAUGACAUUUAUAGGCCGAGUUUGGACUCUGCUAGUUCAAUAAUGGACACGGAGUUGCCUUUGGAGCCUGCUAAGCCAGGUCAAACUUAUGAAGAUUUGCGCCGCAAGAAUCGCGAGGAUUACGCCAAGCAUCAACAGAGUCCUUAUUCAAAACCCUAUGAGCCGCCAGUAGUGGUGCAACAGCGGCCAGUGGAACCGUUGGAACAAAAUCCAUCCAAAAAAAAUAAAUAUGGUGACUCCUGGACUGAUUAGAAUGCGCACACAUAAACACAAAUUGUACUCCCUUUUAAAUUUAUGUAUGCAAUAUUAUAAUGUUUUGAUUUUUCGUGGAAA